AUGGCUAUAAUUGGUGGAGUUGCUACGCAUGCCUACACAAGUUUUAAGCCUGCCAUGCUUGGCCUCACGAGGAACACGGCCCUUGAAUUAGGGCAAUUUGGCUUUCGGGUUAAUUGUGUUUCGCCUUAUGCUGUUCCAACACCAAUGUCAAGGAAGGGGUACAAUUUAAAAGAUGAUGAUCCAUUUGAUGUUUAUUCAAACCUCAAAGGGGUAGCACUGAAGCCAGAAGAUGUGGCUCAGUCUGUUCUUUAUUUGGCAAGCAAGUAUGUAAGCGGCCACAAUCUGAUUGUGGAUGGAGGUUUUACAAUUGUGAAUACCACUCUUACGAUGUUUGGUUGA